GUCUUUAGUAAGAAAAAAAAAAAACAUGCCGCUCAUUCACAGUACCAGUGACAUAAAAAUAGAUCGAUUCUGGGGAUACAUGCAGCAGCGGCUUGCCAUAGGCGGGGACUGAGCGAACCAGACGGGGUGGAGCAUCGCUUCGCCUGGCCCCUCUCGGCGCAGACAUCCUUGUGUCCCGUUCGCCUUGUGCGUUUCGGAACCAGAGAGGGGGCUGGUCUGUGGGAGGGACUAGCGCAAAGGGGGGACUAGGACCAGGAGGGGGCGGGGUGGCGGCGAGGGUGCUGUUUCUCCAGUCUCUUACCAGUGUCUUUGUCUCACACUCUUUUGUUAGCCAUGCCUAGCUUGCUGGUUCUAGCAGGGAUCAUGGAGAAAAAUGGGGGCUACGGCGGGGAUUUGGCCGGCUCCGGCUUCGGCAGCGAAGGUCUCCUGGUGCCACCCGAGGAGGAGGAGGACGAUUCCCGUGCCCUUAGAGUUGCGCUGGGCCAACUGUCGCUGCUGGGUCUUGGAGAGGGCGAGGACGGGGCUCCUGCGGGUGGAGGUGGUGGUGGUGGUGGAGGAGUUCAAGACAGGAGUAACAAUAACCACCACAAUCACAUCCCAGCCGAUUCAGGGAUGUUACAAGGGAAGAACAAGUUGUGCGCCCUGUACGAGAGCUCGCCCACCGAAACCAAAGGACGGGGCUGCAACAUAACGGAGUGCGUCCCCGUGCCAAGCUCCGAACAUGUGGCCGAAAUAGUGGGGAGGCAAGGUUGCAAAAUCAAAGCUUUGCGUGCAAAGACAAACACCUACAUCAAGACCCCCGUCCGAGGCGAAGAACCAGUCUUCCUCAUCACCGGCCGCAAAGAGGACGUGGCCCUGGCCAGACGCGAAAUCAUCUCAGCUGCAGAGCACUUCUCCAUGCUGCGGGCCUCCAGGAACAAGUUGGGCGUCUCUUUCAGCGGCUCACCUCCUGCGCCGCUACCUGGCCAGACCACCAUACAGGUGCGGGUGCCCUACCGCGUCGUGGGUUUGGUGGUCGGACCGAAAGGCUCGACUAUAAAACGCAUCCAGCAGCAAACGUGCACUUACAUCGUGACUCCGAGCCGCGACCGUGACCCCGUCUUUGAGAUCACCGGCUCCCCCGGGAACGCUGAACGGGCAAGGGAAGAAAUCGAGGCACACAUCGCCUUCCGCACGGGUGGCCUGCAUGACCACAACAAUGAGAACGACUGCUUGGGACCUGACAGCGGCAACGGGGGUCUGGAGAGCCGCCUGCAGCAGGUGUGGGGGCUACAGGGUGCCCCGCGCAAGCCGCUUGCCAGCAGCUACCGCCAGAAUUUCUCAGACGCCAUGGUCGGAAGUAGCAGUGGAGGAGGAGGAGGUGGAGGAGGAGGAGGUGGGAUUUACAGUAAAGGUGACUUUACCAACCAUGGCAAUGGGGACAAGCCAUGCUCCUACUUCGGAUCUGAGGGCACUCAAAGCUGGGGCGAUCCCGACUAUCCCAAACAGGUGGCUUACUACGCCCAGCAGCGCUCCAAAAGCUUUGGAGGCCUGCCUCUUCCUCUCACCAGACUGUCGCCGGGACUGCCUGAACCGUGCGGCACCGGAAACUCCAACGCCGUGGGGUCUCCUCACGCCCAGGCGCGCCGCGCCCACAGCGAGCCCACCGCCGUCACCGCCGCGUUCACCGGACGUCUCCCUGUGCCGGAUUCUCCACCUGCCGUGGCUCGGGACUGCAUGACCUGUUUUGAGAGCAAAGUGACCGCCGCUCUGGUCCCGUGUGGUCAUAACCUCUUCUGCAUGGAGUGCGCCAUCCGAAUUUGUGAGCUAAACCAUCCGGAGUGUCCUGUCUGCCACACCCUGGUCACACAGGCCAUCCGGAUAUUCUCUUAAAAAGUCGACUUUUCUUUUUUCUCUUCUUUUUUUUGUGGUUUGUUUUUACUCUGUAGAAUCAGUUCACUUUUAACGUUUUUUUUUUAUUUGGUCAGUAUUCACUUUUUUUUAUUUUUCAGAAAACACAAAACCAAAACAAGCAGAUAUUUUAGAACACACUGCUUGGUUUACUAAAAAAAGAGGAAGAAGUAUUUUCAGAUUUUUCUUUUAUAUGUACACAUAUAUACAUAUAUAUUUUAUAAAAGUUUUUUUAAAAAUGGAAAGAACGUAGUUCUUAGCAUGUUGGUUUGUUUUGCUUUAUUUUAUUUAAUUUUUUACUGGUGCUGUUUUUUUCCACAUGCUGUGUGUGGACAGUAACAGAAGAAAUAAUGUGAACAUUUUACACUUUUCCUUUGCUGGGGAGGUAUAUUAUUAUAUAUAAAAAAAUAUCAUUACGAGUUUAUUUCCUAAGAUUGGAGUAUAGUUUUACAUCCCAGUAUCUUCUGCAAAUAAACGAGUAUUCUUUUUUAAGGCAAACUAGAAUCUUAAAUCUUUGCACCUUAAAACUGAUGUAAAGUGAUUGUCGAAAAAACAUUACAUUUCUAGAUGUCAAUGCGAAAUAGAUGGUAUAGAAAUAGGGGCUGAUAUAUACAACCUGAUGGCUUUAAAUUCGGAUCAUGUUCUAAAUGACACAAUUACCGAUGUAGAAUCUGCUUUGCAAGUCAAUAUUUGAACGGGUAACUGACGAGUUAAACAGGGAGUUUUCUUUUUUGUUUUGUUUUGUUUUGUUUCUGCACCAGUGAGCCUAUUAUGUGAUGUAUCUAAAAUGGUCUUAUUAGGUACAAUACAGAAAUAAAAAUAAAAAAAGAAAACUAUUUGAGCAAACUGAUUGGUCAGCUCAAAAAACCUUGGAACUCAUCCAGCGUUCUGUUUUCAAGAGGAUUUCCCGGGUUCUUUCAGUAACGUUUUUAUUCUCUUUUCUGCACUCAGUCAGUACGUUUAUGAUUCGAUCUUUUCCACAUUAUUUAGUAAAACGCUGAAUAUAAGGCAUAAGAUGAAGUACAAAAAAAAAAGCAGAGGGGGCGAUUGAGGGGAGGGGGUCUGUAAUCUGAUCCUGAAUAGACCAAAUAGACAAAAGCAAGCAAGACUUCGAGCUACAGUACAAUGUAAAUCACCCGUUCCCGAGGUGCUGCAUUUGAGUUGCAAAGCGUCCUCUGACUGUCCGUCUGUACUGAGGCAGGUGUUGCAUAUCGUACUUUAGAUUAAGCUUUUUAUUUUCUGAGGGUCGGGCUUGUCGGGGGGGAACUGCUCAUUCGCUGUAAUGACUACAGAGCUCCUCCCUGUGACUAUAUUGUUUUGUCGCAGUGGUGGUACAAUCCCCGGAGCGCCCCGACAUGGCCUGCCCUAGGAGGAGCUGAUAAUUAGCCAUACAUCAGAGUCCAGGUGCAAAGCAACUGCUGUAGGAAGGAGGGGCAGCGUACAGUGGUGUGAAUGAGGACGGAGACGCCGCGCAGGGGGCUAAACUAGGUGCAGCUGGGGCCCCUCCUGUUGAUAGCUUGCUCGCUCCCGUUCUGGUAUUCCCAUUGGGGAGAAAGGGGGCCUCUUUUGUCCUGCCGUGGGGUGAAAAAAAAAAAAUCCAAGAGCAGAUUUUAUUUCAAAGAGAAAAGCUGGCCGUUCUGGGUAGAGAGUGUGACUAGAUAGACCCAAAGCAUUUUUCUUCGGAGAUUUCUCGUUUAAUGUGCACAAGUGGCAGGCCGUCGAAGUUUCCAUGGAGUCUUCCUUCAUGAGCGGGACAUCCUGCCGUGACCCCUUCGAGACAGGCCUGCCAGUGCACGGUCACGAGCAGCCAAUCGGAGAACAACCUUGAACUCCACAAUGAAAUCAGACAAUUGUAAUUGACAAGAAAGCAGGGGGGGAAACGCCCAAUUUGGUGGCCGCUCAUGCUGAAUCAAAUUACACACCCACUGCCUGUCUCAUUGCAGGCUGGGGGAUUUCGGGAUAGGGGAUUAGAGUGUUUGGAGGUUGGGAAACUGUCUUUUUUUUCCCCCCUUUUGCUAGAAGGCCACUACAAAAGAAUGGAGCCACUGAAAAUGUACUCAGUUUGAAAUGGGUCAGUUUUUCCCCCAUCGAGCCUCUCUGCGCCAUUGCCACAUGUGCGCGGUGUUAGAAGAUAUGCUAGGGUAAGCUCGUGAUUGUAUUUAACUUGCUAUACCGAUUUACCUUUGAGCCAUUAGCAUCUUUAAAUAUUAGUUCUGAAAACUUUUGACUGUUACAGCAGAUAUACUUAGUCGUUUGCCUCAUCUGCAUUCAUGUAUUACGGCCGCAUUAGCGCCUUGUUUUGCUUUUGUUUUUGUUACUAUAAGCGUUAGUGUAAUAAGGUACUUUGUUUAACUGAAAUAUAUUUCAAGUCCCUUUAAGUAACUCUCAGAUUUGAGAUACAAAACUGAAAAGGCUUAACAAAUUAAAGCUCUUAAAAGCACCUUAUUUUUAAGCAAGCAAACAGCAUUUGCAAUUGUAAAGCAUGUGCAUUUCUCGACAGUGAAUUCAAAUGGCAAAUAUUCUUGUUAUUAUUGCACUUAGGUUAUAUUUUGGGUUAGUCGGUUGUAUUUGCACGGAUAGCGUAUUUUGACACGCUAUUUAGCGGUUUUUCUAAAAGUCGCAGUCUUUAGAAAUAGCAUCUUAAUUUACUUUCAAAUGAAGGGACAACAAUGCGAUGGUAUUUUCUUACCUUCAUGUCUACUUCUUCAAAUCCCCAGCACUGAUCAGGGACAGACGCUCGUCCAUUAAAGGAAUGUAUGUUUGUACAUUUCGGUCAUUUCUAUAUAAAAACCAAAACCAUUUUGAAAAAUAGAAUCAAUUAUGCAAACCUUAAUAGCUCGAAUUUUAGAAUCUGAUUCAGGACAACAGUUGUCUGUCUAUAUGCCACAUUUUGUUCUCCUGCCUCGUUUAAGGUCACUAGGUCAGCGUAUGCAGGAAACAGCAAUAACUGUCUUAAUACUUAAUAAAACAAGUUAAUCCUUAUCCAAAAAUGCACUGUUAGAAAAAUGCUUCUAAAUGGUUGAUAACCCUAAGAAUUGUUUAAAGCCAUGCACAUUGUAUUUACCCAAUUAAAGCCCUUUUUGAGAACAAAACAAAAGCAGUAAUGACUUUCCCAAUUAGAAAAUGCAGCACUUCAAAAGUUUUGUUUCUUAACCAAACGUCGCAACUUCUAAUAGAGUGAUGAUAUACUUCAAAGAAUGUAGCCUGGAUCAAUGGAGAAGGUGCUGUGUAAGUAUUCAGAGCGAGAUAUUAUUCUUUGAAAGGGAGACAUUUUAACUGUUAAAGACUUUAUACAGCCAAUCACAGCAAAACCUUUUUUGAGUAUUAUUUAUUUGAUAGGAAUAAGACUAUAUUUAUUGACUUUUAGGGAGAUAUAUAAUAAAGACUGACUACCAUAGGCAUAUCAUUAAAUAUAUUUCACAAUAUAAGCAAUUCUGAAAAUAUUGUAAUAGUCUCUAGUAGCCUACUUGCUAGUUUGUAAUAUUGCGUAAGGCGUCAUCCCAAUAGAAAUGAAAUAAAGCGUGAUGUUACUGAUGCCCCAAAAUCUGAAAGCUCUUCAGAAAGUACAUAACCAAAAAUUAGGGUUAUCACAAUCAAUAGGGGAAAGAAUUCAUAUAGUUUAGUUUGUACAGCAUUUGCUUUGCCUAUACUGAUGCAUACGGUUAUGAUGAUACAAAAAAAUAUCUACACACCCUAUUGACAGGAUUUACUGCAUGUAAGAGCAGCUCAUAAGAAAUAAAACUAUAUUUACAAAUGCAUAUCAGAACGGUCUAAUCAUCAUUCAAAUCAUUUCAACUGGCAAGUUCCUUUAUAAUUUCAGAAUGACAAGGGCACUAUUAUUAUGCCUAAUCCAAAAUAAUAACUGCCCGUGCAAAAAGCCAUUCUGAUCAAGAAGGGGGAGUGGUCACAACGUACGACUACAGAUUCACAAUGAAAAGUGGUCCGGUUUGGAGUCUGACAGGUUUAACAAGAAUGUGUUGUCUAACGUGAAGCUUAAUAUUAAGAACCACUGUGAAUCGUUUCCGUUUCUUUCUCUUUUUUUUUCUUUUUUUUUUCCAGUAAUUAUGUGGUGUUGUUAAAUGGUUGCAGUUCAACAGCUUCUCUUGCUUCUCUUCUUUUUGGUUGUGCAUGCUGGGAAAUUAUUUUACAGAGCAUUAUUAACCUUUGAACAGCCAGUGUAGAUAAAAUAUAACAGAGCCACUUGUACUACAGAGAUUUUUAGUGAGGAUUACAGCUGGUGUUUAAUGUAAUGCUGUACAAUGACACUAGUUUAUUUUUCCAAACAUAUUUCUCUUACCCAACAUAAAGUAUCUAAUGCACAAAUACCAGAUAAAUGCUCAUGUGUUUACACACCCCAAGCAGAGUCUGUUUAGAAGGUGCUUAGCAUUUUAACAAAGUAUUUUUAUUUUUAGUACUGCCCUGAAGAUGCCAUAUACGAUAUAAUUUACACAAAUAAUUUAUUCCGUUCAGAAGUUCGCAUACCUCUAGUUCAUAACACUCUGUUUUCUCCUCAAGUGUCAAUGAUUGUUCGCAGCCUUUUGUGAAAGCUGCAUGAGUCCCUCGAUUGUCCUAAGUGUCAGAGCUGGAGAUCAACAUCGUAUAGUGGGGAAGAACUCAAAUGUGCAGAGCAUGCUGGGAAACCAAAGAACUUGGAGGACGUUUGUCAAGAACAGUGGGCUGCUUUAGCACACAGGACAAACCAGAGACUCAAAACUAUCACAUAAGAUACAAACAGUCAUUGACGCUCGAGGAGGAAAACACAUGAAUUUAAACAAGGGCAUGUGAACAAUUUUGUCUUGUGGAAUACUAAGGCGAGACACUCCAGGUGAAUAGGGUAAAAAAAAUAAGAUAAUAAUAACUAAUAGAUUUAAUAGAUAAACUAAUAUAUUCCUCCAGUUGAUUAGACUUGUUUAUUUCAAGUUUUCUGAAAUGUUGAAAUAUGCAAAUGAGGCAUUAUCCUUAUUAAAUAUAUACAAAUUUGCAUACAUUUCCAGAACAUAAAUCUAAACACUUGAUAGAGCCAGAUUAAAAAUUCUUGUCUUAUAUUAGAAUUAAAAGAUUUUACAGAGGGGUGUUUUUUUUUUUUUUUCAUCCAUAAGUCAGAAAAACAGCUAUUAAUUUUCACCAUGUUUUUAGGGGAAACUGUGAUAGAACAAGGUGAAUGAUAUAUUAGCAAAUCCAUCUUUAAAACAGCUUAGAACAUAGAUAGGAAUAAAACUGUAACGUACAGGAGAAAACAGCCUUUAAAGAUAUUAUAACUGAAAUCUAGAGAUGCAAAUAGAUAAAGUGCAAUACAACAAAUACUUAAAUGUGUACUUUGCACGUUUUCUUUCCAUUAGUUUGAAACUACGCUUUACGUAAGGCCUAAAAUCUCAAAAUUGACCAGUGCAUGAAAAAAACUGUUUUCAUCUGAAGUGUCUCGCCUCAUUUAAAAAAAAAAAAAAAAACACUGCGUAAGGGAUGUACUAAAAAUAAAAUAAAAUGCAAUUUAAAAAUUCUUCUAGGGGUUUGCAAACUUUUGAGCUGAACUGUACCUUGCAUUCCCAUAACGCAUAUAUUUGCAUUUUUAGUCUUGUUGAUAUUUUCGAAUUUUUUAUGCGCCCGGGAUAGGCGAACAGUAUAUACCCUUAUAUGUUCUGACAUAGCAGAUAGCGAAGCUGCACGUAUUUAUCUAUAACCGCUGCAGCGUCCAUUCCAUAGAAUCACCAGAGAACAUAUACGUGAUGCACUUAAGCAAUUAUAAUGCCUUUCAGUAUAGUACAAAGGGCAAAUAAUGUAUUUGAAUGUAAAAAUGGCCACCCAACCAAUGUGUGAUUUUGCCUUUUGUUUCUUUAUCAAAAGUGAGCUUUAAGUUGAAUUUCAUGGCUAGAGAAAUACCACCAUAUCUGUUUAGGUUCUUCCUCACAGCAUUUAUACAAAGCAACUUAAAAGGGAACUUAAAAUGUCUUAUAGCUGUUUCGUAAGAUUCUAUUUUGCUAACAUGCAUUAUUAUUUCAUAGAGGAAGAGGUCAGUAUCUGGAUGUUAUUUAUGAAUAUCUUUAAUGAAGCAAACAUAUUUAUAAGUAACUUCAAUACGUUUUGUUUUUUAAUUAAUAAAUUAAAAAGUUAAUAUAUUUCUAAAACGCAUGAAGUUGAUUUCUACUAAAAUGAUUAAAACUAUAGAAUUUUUAUUUAUGAAAGUUAGAAAAAUCCACACUUCUGACAGCAUAAAAUAAACAAGUGGGGUGGGGUUUCAAAGGCUUAUAUUUUAAAACGUCAGAUAUGUAACGUGUGCAUUAACAAUGGGAUAACGGCAGAAAUAUUUUAUAGCAUUCGGGGGUAUUUUAGUCAUUUCAACUUUGUGCCUCAAUACCGCAUUUUUGCAUACUAGAAGCGCUCAGAAGUGUUGUGUACUCGUCCUUUAACACCUCAUAGCUGAGUGAAUAAAGGGUCCCUUCCUUUUUUAUAUAUUAAAUUGCUUUGGUUUUAAAUGCAAUUGUUAUGAAGCGAUAACAGGCUGAAGUAUAACAGGGUGAAACAGAAAAAUGAUUGUGCAUAGUACACGCAUACAGUAGUAAUAAUUCAAGCAAAAAUCAAUUACAUGUAACGUCGUUCCGAUUUCCAAUCGUUUAAAAAUAUGCAUGACAAAACUUAAAAACACAAAAAAAAAAACACACACUUUUUUUCCGCAAAUCAGAUGUUCCGUUAUCAUAUUUGUUUACAGAUAUGUGAACAGAAUGCAGAUUUCGAGCACAUUCACAGUAAUACCGUUAUUUGCAUGUAACUUCUAUCAACCUGUUUUGUCACAUACAAAAUGAGGCUUAUGUACAAACUGCACUCAAGGGCUGAUGACUGAGUUUCAUUAUUACCGAGAGUGUCUCAAACAUGUCAAAGCGGUGAACUAUUGUUUACAAGAUUACACGCGGAAGCAUAGUCUCAGUACUUCAUGGUGAACACACAUCUCGACUUUGUUUUGGCUCUGUGGUGGCAAUGAUAGUUGUGUAGUGGUUUCAAUUUCAGUCAGACAGGAACAUGGGGUGGGGUGGGGGGGUUUAGGACGGUCACUGACGUGACCUCGCUUGGGAUGAGUUACUCCGGUCCGACAGUCUGUAUUUGGUAGCUUCCAGCACAGUAGAAGUGUUUCAUACAGCUCUCAUAGUGGUCUUAGUGCAUUAGUUUGGUCAAGCAUCUCCUGGUACUAGUGUUCAAUUUAUUGUUGAUAAACGAGGGGUUUGCCAUAUCAUAGACGAGGCUAGCCGAUACUCCACGAGUCGUUUUGAUUUCAUAAUUCAGUAUCGUGUCUACACAGGGCACGCAAACUGCAGGUUUUUUCCUUAGAACAUGUUCUUUGUGACUUUCAUUUUUGAUAUUUGAUCAAUGUAUCUAUGCCAUACUAGUUUUGAUUUUUUGGUUAUUUUCGAGAAAUUGUAUUGUAAAUGUUUCUAAUAAAACAAACUGAAUAAUCUGUCACUGCUACCCUGAAUUCUGUUGCUCGCACACCUGAUGAUUUGAAACAAAACUGAUUUUAUUAAUAUAUGUCAUUAAAAUACACAGCAAAUUCACACAAUUUAACAAAAAAAAAAAAGGGUAAAAAAAAAAAAAAAAAUUCACCAAAAAGUUUAAAAACAGAAGCGUUCAUGGGUUCCCACGGUCACGGAAUUUUAAAAUCUCCUCGGAAAGUCACGGAAAUUAAUAACAUUUCAAAAAGCUCAUAAAUAUUUCAUCAACUAGAAAUUGCUCUUUGUGGGUGCAAUCUCUAUACGAUGAAUUUUCCUUAUCCGGUAUUCAAGAAUGACUGGAAAGGUCAUGCGGAAGUCACUGGUCAAAAGAUGUGGGAACCCUGUAAAAUACACAAGUUUCUAAGUGUCUACGUAAAAUCUAUUCACCCAAGUUAAAAAAAACAAAAAAACCAACAGCUGAUAACCAUUCGUGAUCACUGAAAACGUAUAAACGUAUUUGCAGUAUUCAGAGUCUUUGUUCAGGAGACCCACUGGGAAAAGAACAGGCACGAUGACAGAAUCUUCCCAAAGCAGUAAUUAUCAACGACUCCAGCUAAACGGCUGAUAUUCAGCAUAACAGAUUGAUGGCAUUAGCAUAAAUCUAACAGGCAAGGCAUUUAGGGAAGCACCUUGUGUCUUUAAACAAAUGACAAGACAUAAAGCUGAAAACACGACCCCAGCUGUCCCAUCCUGAGGCGAAGAGGAUCUAAACGCCGCAGAACACAUAUGCAAAGAUAAAACCACACCAAAAGCCGUUGAAGACAGAAAAGCCAGGACAGAGAGUGAGAUCUCGAGAGACCUGCUGCUCUUCGGGUUACAUGUAGCAGAUAACAAGGGUGGCCAGUGAGGAAUUCACUUCCAGUAAGAAAACCUCAGCAGUACAUCACAAGCCAUCAGUUCCCCUGCCUUGCAAUAUAAUAUGGUCAAUGUACCCAAUCAUAGAAGAUCCUCUUAGUGAACUGCAUCCCACCUGCCGCUCAGUUUGCAUGCAGAAAAAAACCUAUUAGUCAAAAACAACACCCAGAAACCAGCUAAAGCGAACCUAAUCAUGCAAAUUUCCAUCAUCAUAAAGUCAUUAAAAAAAUAAACAUCUGACCCGCAUGUGUACUCCUAGUAGGGAUGGGAAUCGUAGGGAUUUAAAGAAAUGGUUCACACAAAAUCAAACAUUGUCCUAAUUUGAGUAAAUUAUAUGACAAUAUGAUUGGAUGAACAAUUCUUUAUGAUUCUGGCAGUUAAAACAUGGAACAAAUCAUAAAUUAAUAUAAUAACAAUGAUAAAUCAUCAUAUAAUUUUUAGGGGAGAAAAAGCACCACACAAGUGACAAGUAUACCACAAAUGGUGUGUUUUCAUACUUUUAAAUGUUUGGAAACAAACAAACGAACAAAAAAAAUGCCUGAAAGUUCAAUGCUGAUUUUAAUGCACAGUUGAAAAUAAAUAAGUUGCAUCAUCAUGACAACAAAAACUUUAAAGUGGUUCUAUUUUGCAUAUAUAUAUAUAUAUAUAUCAGAGAUUUAGAAUCCAUAAGUUCAAGAACCGUUAACCGAAUCAAGUGUCAUAAAAAUAAUCAGAUGAUUUAAGAACUAGUCAACGAUUCCCAACCCUAAAUCUGAAUAUACUAUACUCUCAUUAAACACUACAGCACAUACAGCCAUUAACUUAACCUAUUAACAUUACUCUGAUCCACAGAAAACACUCCCAGCGCUUGUACAAAUGAGUGCCAUGACUGGAAGGAGAAACCCUUGAGAAAUUCCGAUCAAUAAUCUAGUGAUGGAUAAAAGCAUGACAAAAAAAGCAAGCAAAAAAACACCACAGAAUAACAAGAUCAUAUUUGCAUUCAGUAAAUACAAGAGAUGCCGUUACAGUGUAAGAACUGAGCUAUGAUGACCACAGUUUGAAUUUCUCAGGUGUUGAGAUGCAUGGAAAAGAUGUCAGACUACUUCUGCGCUGGCACACUAAAGGAAAAAAAAUAUAUGAUUCACAAGUGAAUCCCCAUUGUGAUCAGAAACCAUUCAAGAGAUACUUAAAAGAAGCAUUACGCAUUUUUCU